AUGUCUGCUCAUCGGGACCCCCUGGAUAAGAAGUGGGUAUGGUUCGACCUCGACGAUACCCUACAUGAGUUUUGCAGGGCAUCAGGUUCUGCCACGAACGAAGUGCUAGGGCUGGUGGGGCAGAAAUAUAGUAUUUCAAUGAGUGAUCUCAAGGCCAAGCACGCGGAAGCACUGAAAGCAGGAACUGCGCAUGCUUUCACGGAUGGUAGAACAUCGCAUGCGUAUCGAAGGGAACGAUUUGGAGCUGUGUUGUCCGCGUUUUCUCUUCCGCCGAACGAACUGAUGGACAUGCUUCUGGAGAGGUACGAGGAAAAGUUGAUGCAGUCAUUGGAAUUGAAGCGAGGAGUCAUCGAGCUGACUGUGGCGCAUCUAGGUCUCUCACCUUACAUAGACUUCUUGGCGACGACAAAUGCUUUUGGCGUGUCCGAAACCGACGGACUUUUCGCAGCUGUUCUGGCGAGACUCAAUCUGAAUUGUCACGAGGUUGUCAUGAUAGGCGACAGCCAGCAUAGGGAUGUUAUACCUGCUUCGGAGGAGGGGAUCUUCUGUAUUCACCUAAACGAAGCACAUCAGCGCAGGGAAGCCGAGAAAAAAAAUAAGGAAAAAUAA